AAGCCAGGUGGGACGUGUCUCCACGGAACAUGCAGUCCUCCACCUGAACCUCGAACUGAGCGACAGGGAGACCCAGAACCGCUGGAGAGCCGAAGAGGACAGGGUCAGGCCCGCCAGCGGCAGGAGGAUGUCCCGUGCCGAGGAGCGCGAGGAGGCGGACUGCGUGUGUUCCGUCGGGAUGAAGUUAACGUGGGACAUCAAUGACCCCAAGCUGCCCCAGGACACGAAGCAGUUUGACCCGUUCCAGGAGUGGACAGACGGUUACGUUCGGUACAUUUAUAGCGCUGAAGAUAAGAAUGCUCAGAGACAUCUGUCUGGCUGGGCAAUGAGAAACACCAACAACCACAACUGUCAGAUCUUGAAGAAAUCGUGUUUAGGUGUGGUGGUUUGUUCUCGAGGCUGCACGCUGCCUGACGGAUCCAGACUUCAGCUUCGACCUGCCAUCUGUGAUAAAGCCCGGCAGAAACAGCAGAAGAAGCUUUGUCCGAACUGUAAUGCUGCUCUGGAGCUGCUCCCAUGCCGUGGUCACAGUGGUUACCCUGUCACCAACUUCUGGAGAGUCGAUGGAAAGGCUAUCUUCUUCCAGGCAAAAGGCGUUCAUGAUCAUCCCAGACCAGAGUCCAAAUCAGAGACUGAAGCCAGAAGGAGUUCAGUAAAGAGACGAGUCAACUCACCUCCAUUCACACCAAAGAGACGACUCAUUGAAACACAGGCUCUUGGCCCUGCGCUCCUCUCCUGCGUUGAACCAACGGAUAGGAUUUCCUUCAUUGAACCGAACUUCCCUCAGCACUACCCAGCAUUUCAAAGCCCAGAACCCUACUACAACCCCCACAAUGCACUGGGAGAGAGCGCACCAACACUUCAGAAACCAGCCAAUCCCAGGCUUUAUAUGAGCAGGCCCGGAUAUGACUUCCAAGGAUACCUGACCUCACCUUCAUAUCCUGUGACCUCUGACCUUUGCGACCCUAGAGUGGCCCCGGUCCUGGGUUCCUCAUCCUCCUCGUCUUCAUCGUCAGCUCCUCUCUCCUCAUCCUCCACCUCCUUUGACCCCCAGACAAAGACCUCUUCUGGAUGGAAAGAACUGCUGAAGAACUCUGCCCCCUACAGUGACAACCACCAUUACUACAGCACCGAGUACCCUUGCCGUUAUGCCAGCAACACCCCAGGUUCGCCAGCAGCACUGCAGACCAUCAUUACAACGACAACCAAGGUCUCCUAUCAACCAUGUCCGAAGCCUCCUGCUGCUCUCCCUCCUUACCAGUCAUGUCCCAAACCCUCUGUCGGCCUGCCCUCUUACCAGGCCUGCGCUCCCUCCAAACCUGCUGGCCUUCCUGGCUGCUCCUCCUUACUAGACGAUCCCUCCUCAUCCUCGUACUCCACCGAGGUGAAGGUGACAGAGGAGUCUGGCGGAGUCAUCAAGUCUCUAUCCUUCCAGCCUGAGCCUCUGCAGACCAAAACCGAACGGGCUGACGGCUACGACUACCGCUACUCGUACCCCAAUACGUACCGCUACGAUGACUACUGAGGGAGGAAUACAUCCAUCACUGUUACCACUGCCGCUACUACUGCAAGUACUGCUUCUGCCAACAGAGAUGGCAACAACCCACUGACUAGGGGCAAACUUCCCAUGGCUGCUAGUAUCACUGGACUAUUCAGGUGCCAAGAGGAUCAGUCUGAAUCCAGGUUUUGGUCCCUGAGAGACUUUCUGGAAAAAUUCACUUAUCAAACGAAGAUCUUUUUCACGUCAGACGUCAGAGAAUCACCUCUGGAGACGUUCAGGGGAAGGACUCUGAAUACAGCACUCAGACAAAUGGGAAUAUUUGCAACCAGCAUGCUGUUACUGGGCUGGUGUUCCUGGAGCUCACCCUCUAGGUGCUUCUCACAAAAGAAAAACAACAUAAAUCAUUAAAAUACUGUGUAUAUUAUUUAUUACCUUUAACUUUCUGAUAUUUCCUGAAACAGGCUGACAUGUUGAUUACUUGGUAAUCUCCAGAAUCUAGUCAAGGCAAAACAAACUGUACAGCAUAUUUAAGCAGAACGUUUUAUGUUUUCACCACAAAACACACAUUUGUAUUUCGAUGGAUAGUCUUCAUAUCAACUUUGGCCAAAUUUUCUAAUAACAGAGUGCGAGUCCAAAGCUCACUCCGUUUAUUGCUGAUUUUUUACACUCUAUAUCUUUAAUUAUAUAUCAUUAAAUAUCAUAUGACAUCAUAUUGAUGUCACAGAGAUAGUCAUAGAUUGUAUAACCUAUGUAGAUCCCAUCCCAUCUAUGUAAGAUAUAAAGUCACAGAAUUAAACUGAGGAGUUGGCAGUGAGCACAGGAAGUCAUCAUCACGUCAGAAUGAGAACAUUUGGCUCCAUCAGCAGACUGAGAUUCAUUACUGAAUAAUCACCUCACACGUCGCGCUGUUUAUUGGACUGGAUUUCCUUUAUUUCAAAGCUCAUUUAAUCAUGUUUUAUAUUUUUAAGGACAUUGUAUUUGUUUCACUGGAACAAAUUUCUGUGAGCAUCUGAAAACAGAGGGCUGCAUCAAAGGGGCAACGUCAGAGAUCAAAACGGAACUAUAAGUGUCUCUGUGUGCCGAGGAAGACCGUGAGAUGUGGCUGAAAGCAGAGCUGGAUCCAAAUAUAUAUAAAUAAAGUAGAACUAAAAAGUCUGAAAAGACUUUCAUUUGAAGUUUUCCACGUGAGAGACUUUUAAACACUCUGCAAUCAGAAAUCAUAAUGACCUGGAUGCCUCUGGAGUAUUUAUUCAAUCUGUUAAAGCCACUGCCUUUUCCUGAACCUGGAAGAACAAACAACAUUUGACUGAGGAGAUCUGAACCUGUUGAAGUGACACAUUAAAGCAGCUGAUCUUCACA